AUAAACAGAAAACAUUACAUGUGUGUUGCAAAUAAAUUAGUGAGUGUGUAGUAAAUGAGUUACUGUUGGGAAAUUGUGGUUUAAUUGUAGUAAUAAUUAAUUCAUUAGCAGAAAUUCUCUUCUGACGUCACUUCACGUGGAGUGUAUAAACUUCACACUGGUGAUGGCCGAACGCUUGUAAAUUCCCAACAUUCAAAACAAAAUGAUCGCAGGAAAAGUUUUCAGUGUUCGUUUAUUGUUUGUAAGUGUUUUGUGGUUAUUACAAACAACAAAUUACGUUUCAACCACCAAAAUAGAAUGUAUUCCUCUGAAACUUUGCCCAAUGGCCAUGAAUCUGAUCAAAACCAAGCCUUACGCCCCGGAAACGAUCGAAUUCCUCCGGUACUCUCACUGCGGGUUUGAUGGUCACGAUGCCAAAGUCUGGUGCACGGUGUUUUUAUAUUGCAAAACGCCCGAUUCCCGGAAUGGAAUUUGUAAAAACAUCAAAGAGUGCGAUUCUUUCAUGAAGUAUGUGGAGAACGUGGACACACAAGACCCAGUCGUGCGAAAAUACCUCAAGGAGUACCAGUGUAGCACCAACCAGGACCCAGUGGUUAAAAUCUGCUGUCCUGAUGAGGGAAAAUACAGCGACAUUUUCACCAGUAAUGACGUGCACGAACGGUUCUCAAACUUCUUCCCAGACCCUGGCCUAGGCGAAUGUGGGAAGCAAAACUCUGACAAUAAAAUUGUCGGAGGCACUGAAACCUACCUAGAUGAGUUUCCUUGGCUGGCGUUACUUAAGUACGUUAACGGAAAUAAAAUUCGUUAUUCGUGUGCGGGAAGCUUGAUUAACGAACAGUAUGUUUUAACAGCAGCACACUGUGUUGACCCGCAAAUCAUAAAGCAGAAAGAGCUUGGAAAACUCCAGAAUGUGAUUUUGGGCGAAUACGACACAAGAAACGAAACUGACUGCAUCUACCAAAAAUUCGGCACUGACUGUGCCGAUCCUCCCCAGGUUUUCUCAGCUGUCGAUUACAUUAUUCAUCCCAAUUACGACUCGUCGUCAAUGAUAAACGACAUUGCCAUCAUCCGUUUGAACCGCAAGGCUAAAUACUCAGAUUAUGUCCAACCAAUUUGUCUACCACCCAAAAAUUUGAAACUGCAAGGCAACGAAUCUUUUACGAUAAGUGGCUGGGGUCGUACGGAAUCAGAAGAAAGAAGUCCUGUUAAAAGAAAAGCAACAGUGCGUUACGCCGAUAAAAAACGCUGUGAUGCCAAUAACGGACGAAGGGGAAUUAGCGACCGUCAGAUUUGUGUGGGUCAAGGGGAUGGGGUUGAUAGCUGUUACGGCGAUUCAGGGGGUCCUUUAAUGUUAGAAACACAAACUAAAAACAAUUCUUAUGCCACUUUCGUCGUCGGUUUGGUCUCGUAUGGCUACGGGCGGUUAUGUGGCAACUUUCCGGGUGUUUACACCUAUUUGCCCGCCUAUCUAGAUUGGAUAGAGCAGCAGAUGAGAUGAAGUUUGCCAAAACUAAGACUGAAGUCCCGCAAAAGUAACAAACGCCAAAAGAAAAUUAAAGUUACUGACUGAAAUUAUUACCUCGAUGUGUAUUAUUUAACUUAAUACUUCCUCAUUUUUGUUAGAACUUAAGAUUAAGAUUAUGAUUUUUUUGAGGUGUAUUUAAAAACAAAAUUGUAAAUAAAUUGUGUCUAUGCUA